AGAGUUUCAGUUUUUUUCGCGCGCUUGAUGUGAGUUUGAAUUCCCGCGUAUUUAGAUUUGUAUUCUUUGUCCGGUGUUAAAGCAGAAACACCAUGCACGCGCUCCUGCACGCCGUUAUUUUGCUCUGUGUGCUCGGUUCUGUUCCCGGUGCUGUAAUUAAUUCCUCGGUGGCCGGUGAGUCCGCGCGCACUUUCCCGGUGCUCACCGUGAACUAUGAGCGCGUGCGUAAACCGUUCGAAGUGUGUCUGUGGAUCCUGUUGGCCUCCUUAAUGAAGCUCGGGUUCCAUGUCAUCCCUGGGUUCUCACGAUUUGUCCCUGAGAGCUGUGUGCUGAUCAUGGUUGGUCUGAUAGUUGGAGUUCUCAUUAAGCUCAUGGAUGAAACACUUCCUGUUUUGGACACCGAGCUUUUUUUCCUGUGUCUCCUUCCCCCUAUCAUACUGGAUGCUGGAUAUUUCCUCCCUCUGCGCCUCUUUGGUGAGAACAUGGGCUCCAUCUUGGCACUGGCAGUGCUGGGAACACUCUGGAACUCUGUAUUUGUUGGGGUAGUGUUAUACGGAGUGUGUAAAGUGAUCGGGGUCCAGAUGGGUGGCGUCAACCUGCUUUCUUGCCUGCUGUUUGGUUCCAUCUCCUCUGCUGUGGAUCCAGUUGCAGUUCUUGCUGUUUUUGAGGAAAUUCAUAUUAAUGAGCUCCUUCACAUUCUGGUUUUUGGAGAGUCGCUGCUUAAUGAUGCUGUUACUGUGGUAUUGUACCACCUUUUGGAGGAGUUUGCAGGCAGAGACAAAGUGGAGUUCAGUGAUGCACUACUGGGUGUGCUGAGUUUUCUGGUGGUGGCACUGGGGGGCAUCAUUGUGGGCGUGGUUUAUGGCAUCAUGGCAGCUGUCACCUCUCGCUUUACUACACAUUCACGUGUCAUCGAGCCGCUUUUCGUGUUCCUCUACAGCUACCUGGCAUACCUGUCGUCUGAGGUGUUCCAUCUCUCAGGCAUAGUGGCUCUCAUUGCAUGUGGUGUGGUCAUGCGGCCCUACGUGGAGGCCAAUAUUUCCCACAAGUCCUACAUCACUAUAAAGUAUUUUCUGAAAAUGUGGAGCAGUGUGAGUGAGACUCUCAUCUUCAUCUUCCUUGGCGUUUCCACGGUAGCAGGACCGCACCACUGGAACUUUGUCUUCAUCAUCUUCACCAUCAUCCUCUGCCUCAUCUCCCGUAUACUGGGAGUGGUGGGACUGAGCUUCAUCAUGAAUAAAUUCCGCAUGGUGAAGUUAACAGGUAAAGACCAGUUCAUUGUGGCCUACGGUGGCCUGCGGGGAGCCAUUGCUUUCUCACUGGCCUUCCUGCUCUCCAGUGAACACUUCCCAAUGAAGAACAUGUUCCUCACUUCCAUCAUCACACUCAUCUUCUUUACAGUCUUUGUUCAGGGAAUGACGAUCCGCCCACUGGUGGAGCUUCUGGCAGUAAAGAAGAAAGGUCACACCAAGUUUACAAUAAAUGAGGAAAUACAUACACAGUUUCUUGACCAUGUGCUGAUAGGUAUCGAGUGUAUCUGUGGUAUUUAUGGACACCUUCACUGGAAAGACAAACUGACCCGGUUUAAUAAGCACUACAUGAGGAAGUGGCUGAUUUCAGGAGACAGGUCUAAGGAACCACAGCUCAUCUCCUUCUAUAAUAAACUGGAGAUUAAACAGGCACUCCAAGUGGCCGAGAGUGGAACUGCAGCCAGGUUAAAACCGUCACUGCCCCCUGCUGCAUCAUUACUGAAUGUUCAGAGUGAGAGGAAGAACAAGAUGAAGAUCACAAAGGAACAAGAGGCAGCAAUACGGAACAUUCUUAGAGCAAACCUACAGAAACCACAGCAAAGGAUGCGUUCUUACAGUAGACACACACUGCUGCUGGAGGAAGAAAAGGUGGAGUGGCGUGAGGUUUGGCUUCACAGACAGAGAGCACAGAUGGAGCGGAGGAUGAGUCACUAUUUGACUGUUCCGGCUAAAAGGAGCUCCCCCCCGAUGAGGAGAGCAAACCACAUCUUCAAUGAACCGAGCAGGACUGCAGUCGAUGACAUCACCAUCAGUACAGAGCUGUGCUCCACUUCUACAGACUUCGAGGUGCAGAAACCUCAAAAUAUAAUCAACCAGGAAGUGAGCAAAAUUGAGGAGGAAGAUGAGGAUGACUAUGAUUCUUCUCAUGAGUGCAUUGCUCCAGGAGUCAAGGAACACAAAACAUAAUGUUCUGAUGAGAAUAAAUAAUGAAUUAAUGCACAUAAUCAGAACUACACCUGAGAGUGCUGUGUGUUUACAUGACUGGUGUGUGUGUGUGUGGUAUGUAAAUGAAUAAAAUAUGUAACAAUAAUAUAAUAUAGAAAAUCAUGUUGUGGAUCAAAUAAAAGAGUUUGACAUUUUA